ACUCUGCGAUCAUUGUGCAACACUGGAACCGAAAAUCUGCCGAGGUUGCUGUUGGCGUUGCACGAUUGCUAUCAUCGCUUAGAUUAAAAGCCUGAAGAAAAGACUGAAUGCAUUCGGAAUAAUAGAAGCAGUGGGGUGAAUCCCCUGUGUUUGCUGAGCGUGAGCAUGGAGGAUUAUGACUACUUAUUCAAAAUUGUGCUGAUAGGAAAUGCAGGAGUAGGCAAAACCUGCCUUGUUCGACGCUUCACUCAGGGGCUGUUCCCUCCUGGACAAGGUGCCACCAUUGGAGUUGAUUUCAUGAUCAAAACUGUGGAAAUAAAAGGAGUGAAAGUGAAGCUCCAGAUCUGGGACACGGCCGGGCAGGAGCGGUUCCGCUCAAUUACCCAGAGUUACUACCGCAGUGCCAACGCUCUCAUUCUCACCUACGACAUCACCUGUGAAGAUUCCUUCCGGUGCCUUCCUGAGUGGCUGAGGGAGAUUGAGCAGUAUGCCAACAACCAAGUAGUGACAAUCUUAGUAGGGAAUAAGAUAGACCUGGCCGAUAGGCGAGAAGUUCAUCGGCAGCGAGCAGAGGAGUUUGCGGAGGCGCAGAGCAUGCUUUAUCUGGAGACCUCUGCCAAAGAAUCGGACAACGUGGAGAAGCUCUUUCUGGAUCUGGCCUGCGAACUGAUCCGCGAGGCCAAGCAAAACACAUUGGACAACAACGACUCCACUCCCAUGCCUGGAGAAGGGAAAAACAUCAAUUACUUGAGUUGCUGCAGCAUGAACUAGUAGACUUGGCCACUCUGUCUGGCUGAGGAGGGCAACAUGGAUUGCAUACAAAGUGGUUGUAUUGUUGGUAACCACUAUGUAGUUGCAGUGGUUACUGUUUUCCACUGUUGUUGAAGUCUAGUUCUUUUACCCUACUUAAAUCCCUGGGUAUUUUAAAACAUUUGGGAAAAAAAACGUGAUAUUUAGAUGAUGCUGCUUUUAAAGGUGGGUCCGAAGCUCCUAGAUGCUUUUGGCCAGGAACGGCCUUGUUACACAGUAACGCUUGCGGAUAGGUCAGACAAUGAGAUUUUCUACACUUCUCUGCAAUGCAACGGUUGGAAUUUCCCUGUUGAGUUUAGAGCCAAUGUAUUGUCAAAUUAGAGAUUUGAAAAAAUGAGAAUGCAGGUCUUCAUCAGCAGUCUCACCCACUUGAAGGACUAGUUCAUCCAAAAAUAAGCAUUCAGUCAUCGUUUACUCACCCUCAUGUUGUUCCAAACCCAUACAACUGACUUUUUCUGUGGAUUACAAAAAAAGAUGCUUUGAAGAGUGUUCACGAAGCUCUUUUCCAGCUGAAAGUGAAUAUUGACCAAAGCAGUCCAUAUGACUUGCGUAUUAUAUUUCAAGCCUUUUGAAGCCAUAUGAUGCUUAUGGGUUUGGAAUGAAAUGAGGGUGAGUAAAUGAUGACAGAGUUUUUAUUUCAGGGUGAACUGCUCCUUUACUGCUCCAUUGCCACAAAAUUGGUGUGUUGGUGUGCACAUUUAUUAUUCGCACAAAAUGCACUUCUUGAUGAUCGCUUGCGAGAUUGUUUGAGGUUGCUUAUGCAUGCAUUUUUUUAAAAAUGAAGAAGUCAGUAAUGCAAACAGACAGCCAGCUCCCUUAAAUAAUCUGUGACAGAAAGAUGUGAAGUGAAACCGCCAUUUUAAUUCCUCAUUUAUCAGGUAGUCAGUUUAUAAGAAUAUAAACUCCCCUCACUGCUUGCAUGGAAGUUUGGCUGUUAAUACUCAAUGAAGGCCAUGUCAUUUUUAAAAGUCAUAGCAAAAACCCAAUGUGCCUCUGCCAUUUGCAUCCUGUCGUCAUACAUUACAUAGCACUGGGGGAUCUCAUGGAGCACAUGUUUGGGUCGUAUUCCAACCAAAAAUAUCACUCAAACUGGGUUGAUAUAUUAGUUUGGAAGUUUUAAUUUAGUUUUUUUUUUUUUUCAAGGAUGAUUAUCACUAGAUUCUCAGUACUGUAAUACAGUAUUGUAAAUGGUAUUGUCCAGAUCCAAUUAGAUUUUUAAGUUUUUUUUUUUUUUUUAUUAUUUUCACAGUACAUCACAGUACAAUAUACUCAUAAUGUAUACAUAAUGUAUACCCUAUAAUGUAUACAUACUUUACAGAUUUUUUUUUUUGCAUUAUGUGUGGGAAUGAGAUUAUUAUUAUUAUUAUUAUGUAUACAGCAUUACAGUAAUAAAAAUAGAAAGGGAAAAUUAAUUAAAUAAAGGCAAAAUUCAUGUUCAUCAAAUAAGUUUAAUUUUCUUAUGCAAAAAAGUAAUUUCUUUUCUUUUUUAAUGUUUUUUUUAUUUUUUAUUUUAGGUGAAAUGCACUGCUGUUCAAAAGUUUGGGGUCAGUAUGAUUUUCUUUGAAGAAAUUAAUAUUUUUAUUAAUUAAGGAUGCAUUAAUCAAAUAUGACAGUUAUUUUUAAUGGCGAACAUUUAUCAUAAGUGAUUUUUACAUCAACUAAAUGCUAUUCUUAUGAUUUUUUUAUUAUUAUUUAUUAAAGAAUCCAAAAAAACAGUAUCACACUUUUCACAAAAAUAUUAGGCAGCACAACUGUUUUUAAGAUUGAUAAUACUUAGAAAUAUUUUGUGAGCACCAAAAUUAUUGAAAUUAUUUCUAAAGGGUUAUGUGACACUGAAGACUGGGGUAAUGGUUGCUAAAAAAAUAAUUUUGCAUCACAGGAAUAAAUGACAAUUUUAAAUAUAUUAGGAUAUAAAACAGAAAUGUUAAAUAGUAAAACUAUUUCACAAUACUAGAGUUUUGAAUACAUGCAGCCUAGGUGGGAUUAAGACACAUUUAAAAAACAAUUAAAAAAAUCUUACUGACCCCAAACAUGUGAAUGAUAGUGUGUGGCGUGUUCUUGACCGAUUUCAUCAUGAGAUCAUCCGGUCUAGAUUUUUCAGAUUACAAAGGUUUUUAGUGGCCAGAUUCUAGGCAUCGUCCUUUCAUAUCUUUGCACAUUAUACGCUUAAAAAGUAAAUGGGCUCAAUAUUAUAAUGCACUGCUUAAAAUGCUUAUUUCAUUCCAUAUUGAUAGUUUCUUUUUCCAAGGAUUACUCCAAUUCCCAUUUGGAGAUAUUCUGUCCUUUUACACAUUUUUAUGUGUUAUCAGAACUGAAAUAUACCAGGAUGCUUUGUAGUUAAUUUAGUCUAGCUUUGGUAUUGUAAUAACCGUAGCGAUGUUCAAAGCUUUUGGCACUCGAGAGGCCGAGAGAACAGUGUGUGUGUAGUUUAUGUGUGAGUGAGUAUUUCAUAGAUGUUUCAGUGAGUUCUUGCACAAAUGGUCUUUGUGUUCCAAUGCAUCAUUUUGAGAAAAAGAUGAUGGAGUUGUUUAACGGUGUGAUACAGUGUGAUUCUGAUUUCGGUUGGCCUUUGUCUGUUCUGGAACUGUGUUGUGCAUUUUAAUGACUUUUAAACAGUUGGAACUUGUACCUCCGACCUUGGCUGUGCUGUAAGGUUGUUUGCACCUGUGUCAUUACAAUGGAACUGUGAAUCUUCUCUUUUAUAGACUUUCAGUAUUUUACUUGCUGCUACAGAGCUUUUUCCUUUUUUUUAAAUUUUUUAUUUUAAUUUUUUUUAUUUUUAACAAAGUUGAUGGAAUUACAAUGGAGGUUUUAGAUGCUGUGUGCUUGAUAAUAUUUAUGAUCAUAAUUCAGUCAUUUUGUUUAGAAUCUUUUUUUUUUUUUUUUACACAUAUAACAAAACA